AUGGAACAUAACCGUCGAAAUGAGGCGAUCUUUGAUUUUAUCAGGAUUCUUGAGACGCGCUCCAAAACUCUAGAGUCUGUUUCCAUGGUUUCUAGUGGACUUUGCCAAGACUUCCUGGGCUCUCUUGAGGGACCAUGCAGCAUCAGUUCUAUCAAACUACGGGGAAAUUUAGACAGACUGCCUGCUUCUGACAAGUUAAGUGAGCUUGGUAGAAUUAAGAAGCUGCAACUCUUCUCAACUGGUCUCACGAUCAAGGAACUAUCUGUCUUGCAAUACUUACGUGGCUUGGAAUAUCUGAAGCUGGUAGAGUAUAGUGAUAGAUUUUCCAGUGGCAUUUUCAUUGUGGAGAAAAAGGGAUUAGAAAGCCUAAACAGACUGUGCAUCGAGGCCACCAUGCUUCCCAGAAUGCAAUUCAAAGAAGGAUCUAUCGAAAGUCUAACGCCCCUUCACUUUCUUUGUCCAAAUUCCAAGAAGCAACCAUCCGAAACCGUAGAGGGCAUCCCACAUCUUGCAAGUCUCGCUGAGGUGAUGCAUAACAGUUCUAUGCAGAAAGAUUGGGAAACAGUAGCCAACGAGAACCCUAACAGGCCGCGUGUGAAGAGGCAAGGGGAAUAA